AGAAGUGCGUAGACGCGCUCGCCAGCUCCGGUCUGAGGAAGACUGCUCCGCGCGCCACCAUGGAGCGCAUCGAGCAGGUGGCCGUGGGCCUCUGUGCCCGCUCGCCUUACCUGCGGCCUUUCACGCUGCACUACCGCCAGGCUGGUGUCCAAAAGUCGUGGGACUUCAUGAAGACACAUGACAGUGUAGCGGUUCUUAUGUUCAACACUUCUCAGAGAAGCCUGGUGUUGGUGAAGCAGUUCCGGCCAGCUGUAUAUGCCAGCGAGGUGGAGCGCCACUUCCCAGGGUCUCUGGCAGAUGUGGACCAAGACCAGCCCAAAGAACUUCAGUCAGCACUGCCUGGCUCAGUGGGAGUGAUGGUGGAACUGUGCGCCGGCAUUGUGGACAAGCCUGAUUGCUCACUGGAAGAGGUGGCCUGCAAGGAGGCUUGGGAAGAGUGUGGCUAUCACCUGGAGCCCACUGAUAUCCGCAGAAUUGCCACGUACAUGUCUGGCGUAGGACUGACUGGCUCCAGGCAGACCAUGUUCUAUGCGGAGGUGACAGAUGCUCAGCGACGCGGGGUUGGUGGAGGCCUGGCGGAGGAGGGAGAACUCAUCGAGGUGGUCCAUCUGAAGGUGGAUGAUGCCCAGGCCUUUGCAGACAACCCGGACAUUCCCAAGACCCUUGGUGUUAUCUUCGCUAUCUCUUGGUUCUUUAGCCAGGUGGUUCCCCACCUGAGUCUCCAAGGAGACCCUAGAGCUGGACAGGCUGGUCCAUCCACUCCUCUUCAUGCCCAGAACACACAAUAAAGCUUGUAUAAUUUUUACCGAAGGCCGAUGGCUUUGAGCACU